UGCGAAAUUUUUACAUAAUAAAACAUAAACAAAUUAUACUUUCCACUCUAGCUAGUAUUUUUUUCAAGUUCUAACAGUAGUAUUGGGACUUGUAAUUAAUUAGCUCAACCCUAACAAAUCACCAUCUUCAUUCCAUCCCCCCUCCACCCUCCACCACCCACCACCUACCUUUUACCUCAUUUAACAUCAUGUUUUCUCCUUCUCCAAUCUCUCUACUCUGUGCUCUUUUACUUUGCUUACCACUUGCUAUUAUCUUUACUAUCACUACCCCUCUUAAUAAUAUUACACCACCUCAUGCCUUAAAUAGUACUAGUAGUGACAUACGUUCUAACCCUAUAUCCACAUUCCCCCCACCAACAAAUCAUAGUAUCCAACAAAAACACAGCAAAGAACAUCCUAGUACAGAAUUAUCUUCAGUAGUACAUUUGCACGAGGAAGUUGAUGAUAACUUACUAUUUCAAGAAGCUGCCAAAGUCGACUCAAUACCACAACCAGUUACAGCACCAAAGAAACUAGCAUUCAUGUUUCUCACAACCACACCACUUCCAUUUGCGCCUCUAUGGGAGCUUUUCUUUAAUAAUACGCCUAAAAACCUUUACAACAUAUAUAUACACGCCGACCCACGUUUCAACUAUACGCCGCCGUUUCAAGGCGUGUUUGCUGGCCAAGUCAUCCCUUCAAAACCCACUCGCCGCCACUCUCCAACUCUGACUGCGGCGGGGCGCCGUUUACUCGCCCGGGCACUCCUCCAUGACAAGUUGAAUUACAUGUUUGCCCUUCUUUCCCCAUCUUGUAUUCCGCUUCACUCUUUUAGUUUCACUUACAGAGUUUUGAUAAACUCUAAAAAGAGCUUUAUUGAGAUACUGGGGAAUGAGAGCUGGGCAUACGACAGAUGGGCGGCGCGUGGGGAACACGCGAUGCUACCGGAAGUGAAGUUUGAAGAUUUUCGAAUUGGGUCCCAAUUCUUUGUUAUAAAACGUAAGCACGCGCGGAUAAUAGUGCGUGACAGGAAGUUAUGGUCAAAAUUCAAGCUACCUUGCUUAGAAGCUUCCACGUGUUAUCCUGAAGAGCAUUAUUUCUCUACGCUGCUGAACAUGGUAGACCCGCAAGGUUGUGUUCCAACAACUUUAACACACGUUAACUGGAAGGGUAGUCAGGGGGGGCAUCCUCGUACUUACACAGCUAGCGAGGUGGGACCAGAAUUGAUCUCGACCCUUCGAUCGGCCCGGCCUCGAUAUGGUGAUGAAGUAACCAACAGUUCGGAUUUAUCUGUUGCUAAACGAUAUGACCCUUUCUUAUUUGCGAGGAAAUUUUCUCCAGAUUCUCUCCGGCCAUUAAUGAAUAUAUCGAGCGACUUUAUCUUUAAAGAUUGACCAUAUUUAGUUGUGGUUCUCCUCUUUAUUUCUUCUACUUCAGAUUCCUCAGCUAGUCAGCUAUAAUUCUUUAUCCGACAAAGCUCCGGAAAGAAACAAUUUAAGAAUAAAAAUAAAAAAUCUCAACUUGGCAAAAGUCAAAAAAUAAAUUAAAAAUCCUAUCUCAUUAUUUUUUUUAAAAUUAACUUGUGCGUAUUUCAACUAUUACAUAUGA